CUGUGGUUUCUUCUUGCUCUUUUAGCGAUGUUCCCUCUGUUUAGGAAGGCCUUGAGCCGCUUUUCGGUUCACAGCUUUCACCAAACCAUUGAAAGGCAGAACCACCAGGACAGGCUGCCCAAUUUUCAUGAUAAGUAUGGCACCCCAGUAUUGCUAAGUGGAGCCACUUUCUGUCUUGCCAUUUGGGCAUAUGCGGCCAUCCAGAUUGGAAUCAAAUGGAACCUGUCCCCUGUUGGCAGAGUUGUCCCAAAAGAUUGAAGGAGCCAGUAAAGGAGAAAUUCCUUUCAUCAAAGCUGGCGUCUAUUCUGGAUUGUUCCAAAAUUAACAUACGAAGUAAAGGUAGUCUGUUAAUCAGU